AUGGGGCUUACCUUUUUGCCUCGCCCAUCGCCGUGCGGAUCUAGGAAGCGCAGUCGAGCGGUGGCGGAUAUCGAUGGCGAACAUUCUUGUGUGCAGAAGAAGAAGCGGCGCCUUCGAUUGUUCCUCAUCACUUCACGACUAUCGCCACAGUUUUCGCACCCAGCAACGAAUAUUGUGGAUCGAGGUAGCUCUAAGAUUGCAGUAUGGGCCAAGCAAAAGGCUCUUGGACGAAACUUGCUAAGAAAGGCUGCCAUCCUCAAUGGCAUACGCAGACGAUGCAUCGUGACCAAGGAGGCGCAGUACGGACGCGGUCGUGUGCCAGUUGAGCAGGAGAAAGAACAAGCACAACUUGAGUUGGCGAGGCUAGAGUUCAACCAUGGCAGUGUCGACACAUAUACGAGACCGGUACAUUCUCGGGAUCCCUCAGUACCGCCCAGUGCUGCUGUGAGGACUGGAGGACACUUUGUAGUCUCUGGGUCACCCUCCAGUUCUCCAGCGUCUUCGAGAAGCCCUUCGCCUACCUCGCCAUCCCCAACAUUAAGAAGUCCCUCCGACGAAGUUGCCGCGUUCCGCUCGCCAAACGAAGCAUGGUCUCACGCUGCAAGAGACCCGGCACCACGUCGAGACUACCUACCCCUACCGCCAUCUCCGCUUGGACUCUCAAACUAUGAUGCUCUCGACGUUGAAGAUAGUGGUGAUGCGUUCGACCCGUACGCUCAUCUUGACGACGAAGAUGAGCCGAUACCAAAUCCAUACGAGGAUGACGAUGAGGUGCCUUUCUCGCCUUCUGCCGUCACUUCUAGUUCAUCCACCACAGCAUCCACCAACACUACACAUGCCACGAGCAUGUUUUCCGAGUUCAACGUGUUGGGCCACGAGGAACCAGUUGUUGGCGACUACGACCAGGUAGAAGAAGGCGCAGACGCGAUAUGGCCAAGCGCGUCUACCUUCGAUAGCCCAGCACCCGCAUUCGCGUCGACGUCGCCGGACUUUCCCGCCCUAUUCGCAACAUCGCAGUCCGCAUCCAAGAGAACAGACUCAUUCGCCAUGUCGCCAAACUUCCGGCCAAUCUUACCAACGAAAUCAGUGUCACCGGAGAUGCUCGCCGUGAACACCGCGGCCGCUACUUCGCCAAACUUUAUACCUACAGCACGGACGAUGGCUUCUCCUAAUCUUGCCCCAACACUAGCGCCAAUGUCACCAAACUUCCCUCCUGUAUCGACAUCGCCCAAUUUCGCCUCGGCAUCUGCGACUAUACCUGCCUCGCCGAAUCUGAUGCCAUUGGCUGCUCCCGCUUCGCCGAACUUCCUGCCGGUAUCCAAGUCGCCAAAUUUCACUGCGCCCGAUACCUCGAUGACAGCGCAGAACCCGACGGCAUGGAACCAUUUGGACAAUCACCCGGACCGAGUAGAUCAGCCAGUUCGCACGAGUGACGUGGAAGAAGAACGCAGACGGCAGAGGAACUUGAUGUUUAUGCGGUUCGGAUCAUGA